CUGGUGCCUUGUGAACCAGUCGGCGCUGCCAAGCCGGAAUCCUGCGCCCCCAUUGGCUGGCAGCGACGCGUGUGGUUGUGUGUGGUUGUGUGUGUGCGUGUGUGUGUACGCGGCAGUGAUGUAUCCGCAGAGACAGGCCAGGACCCGAUCAGAAGCGAGCGCCCCAGAGCGUGGCCGGAGGCGUCCCUGAUUUACACCCGAGUCCAUUUGCGAUCCGGAUUCGCCGCUCCCAUGGAGACGCAGAUGGAUGCGCGUCUUUCUUCCAGAUAGAGGACCGGAUUGUGAUUAUUAUUUUACUCCCCCCCCAAAAAAAAAACCCCAGAGGGGGGGUGGCGGCAGCCCAGACGCGCCACCAACCCGGGAAGGCACCGCGGAUGGGAUCCGGCGCUGCUGCGGGCACCGGCGCCAUGCACGCCCGGCCGAGGCUGCUGCCGCUGCUGCUGCUGGGUUAGAGCACCGCGGAGGCAGAGGCGGCCGACGGGGGCCCGGAGGAUGGGCCGGCGCCUGGGGCUCGGCGCCCCUCUGCUGCUGCUGCUGCUGCUGCUGGCCGGGCCGGGGGCCGCCCGCAAGGCGCUGCGGGGGAAAUGCGCGUCGGGCUGCUCGUGCGCCAAAGACGCGGCGCUCUGCGAAGGGGCGCAGGACAUCCCCAAGGAGCUGCCCCCGAGCCUGGUCUCCCUGUCUCUCAUUCGCUCAGGAUUCUCAGAGAUCUUGGAGGGCAGUUUUCACCAUGUGCCGACGGUUCAGCUGCUCUUACUCACGCACAACUCCCUGGACCAGAUCGCGAAUAAUGCGUUUGAUGGACUUGUACACCUGGAAUAUCUAUUCAUUGAGCACAACAGGCUGGAAAGUAUCGCCAAGAAUGCCCUCCAAGGUCUAAAGAGUCUUCUUCAUCUGAGCUUGGCUCAUAACAACCUACAGACCUUACCAAGGCAUCUGUUCCGGGGCCUGAAUGCUUUGACUGCUGUGGACUUGCGGGGAAAUUCCUUCCACUGCGACUGUAAGUUGAAAUGGCUGAUGGAGUGGGUGAGCUACACCAAUGCUGUCGUGGAGCCCAUAGAGUGCCGGUCACCGCCCGAGCUGAACCGCACCAAUCUCGCUGAACUCCGCCCAGGGAGUUUCAACUGCAUCACUACCGACCUCGUUCUCUUCCAAGUCCUACAAUACCAGUCACUGUCAGUGGAAACUUUCACCUAUCAUGGGGAACAAAAUUUGGUGAUCGCCCAGCCUUUUCUCGGACGUUGCAUCUUCCUGGAGUGGGAUCAUGAGCAAGGGAGAUUCCGCAGCUAUGCCAACAUCACUGGCUCGUCCACUGUGGUCUGUAAACCCCUGGUGAUUGACAGCCAACUCUUUGUGGUGGUGGCUCAGCUCUUUGGAGGCUCGCACAUCUACAAGCGGGACGAAGCGACGGGCCGCUUCUUCCGCACCCAAGCCAUCGAGGGGUCCCGCAUCCGCAAGCCCAAUGACAUCGAGGUCUUCCGCGUGGAGGGCGACUGGUACUUCAUCAUGGCCGACAGUUCCAAAGCCGGCUCGACCACCCUGUACCGCUGGAACGGUCACGGCUUCUACACGCACCAGCUGCUGCACGACUGGUACCGCGACACGGAUGCCGAGUUUUUGGAGAUCGCGGGCAAGCCUCAUCUCAUCCUGGCCAGCAGCUCCCAGCGCCCCGUCAUCUACCAGUGGAAUAAGCAGAAAUUCACGCCUCGCACCGACAUCCCGGACAUGGACGACGUCUACGCUGUGAAGCAUUUCAAAGUCAAGGAGGAUGUGUACAUUUGCUUGACCCGCUUCCUUGGCGAUUCCAAGGUGAUGCACUGGGACGGAUCAAUGUUCCGAGACGUCCAGCACAUGCCGUCCCGUGGCUCCAUGGUUUUCCAGCCCCUGACCAUCGCAGGCUAUCGCUACGCCUUUCUCGGCAACGACUACUCCUUCAGCCAAGUGUACCGCUAUGAAUCCGUUACGGGACUCUUCGAAUACUUCCAGGAGUUGACCACCCAGGCCCCACGCUCCUUCGCCCACCUCCACGUCAACAAGCAAGAUUUCCUCGUCGCUUCCAGCUUCAAGGGCAAAACCCACAUCUACAGGCAUGUCAUCAAAGAUCUGAGUGCCUGAGUCAGUCCACAGUGGGGUUCGGGGUGUUGAAUCAGGAGGCAGCUGCCCCAUAGGGAGAGGAGGAAGUGGAGGCAGGCAGCUGGGAAGUGCAGUACCCAAGACGGCCACUAGGGCGACUGCACUGGAAGCAGGUGCUGAUGAGCGUGCGAUUCCCCAGUGGUGAGAGAAAAGAGGGUGCUAAAGAACAGCUAGUCGUUGGGUGGAAGUCAGGCAACCGAAGAUCACUAAGAAAAUAUGGCAAAUGGCAACCAGAUCAGUCACCAGAAUACCAUUCUCUAUCUCUUUUAAAAGUCAGUAUGCAUGAAACCCUCCUGGUUGCUGGAGAAGGUAGCAGUGGAGAGGCCUGCAUGCUUGGCAGCAGGGCUUAACCAAAUAUCUCGACAAACGGGGCGUGCAGAUUUGGAGAGGCACCACUUUGCCUGCAAUCCCUCCCAAUCUUACUGGCCAUCCCGUUGUUUUUGCUUUGUCGUUUCAAAGGAUUCUUUCUUUUUUUUAAAAAAAAAAACAAAAAACACCCACAACCUCAUUUCUCACCCUAAGUUGAAUGAAUCCGAUUACUGGCUUGUGUUUCCCAUUCCGCCUGCUUGCAUCCAUUUCCCCCGUCAACAGAUGCCACGAGCCACUGAAAAUCUGCUUGAUGUCGCUGCUUCUUUGUUUUUACUGCAGAAUUAUCUUCGUCCCUCUAAAACUGGAUGGCUUUGUUUUCCUUAACUCAUUGCAAAGGGGCAUAAAUCCAGCCAAAUUUAGCCAAACCUAAGUGACCGAGAUACGGUGAAAUCGUGGCCACUGGGCAUGAGAUAAGCAGCCUGAUCCAAUGCAUGUUUACACAGAAGUAAACCUCACCUGGGUAGACCAGGAUCUCGCAACCAUGUCGGCGUGCGCAGGCUUUGAUCGCAACUAACUUUUGCUGGAAUGCAUCAGACGUCUUUUCAUUGUUGUUUACUAUUUAAUUUAAUUUGUUGACAAUUUAAGGCACUGUACAGUGUCGAAUACUAAAGCACAAGUUUAGCAUUAAGCACAGAAGGAAGCCCCCCCCCCCCCCAAUAAUCCUGGUGGGAAAAGAACCGCUGGGGGAACAGGGUAGAUUGGAUUCAUUGAUGCAAUGGGUGGGUAGAGGAGAGAACGGGAUAGGAGAAGCUCCCCCGGGAAGGGGGCUUGGAGCCCAGUGGAGAUGCACAAAACCGCCAUUUAUCUUUUGCCUGUAAAUAACCAGCAUGUUUAUUCAAACACAAUCAGCCAACCUCCUUCCAGUAGCAGGCAGCUACAAGGAAUACAUGCCAAUGUAUUUAUUCCCUAGUGAGAAUAUGGAGCUGGGAUAGUUUGGGCUAAGAAUACAUGAUAUUGUCUCCUGCCAAAGAGGGCCUAAUAUGCUCUUCUGUCUCUCUUUCAUGAACUGGGAUCCCACGUACAAGCAUUGUAAAUAAAAAAAAUAGUAUAUUGUU